AUGCCUCAGAUAAGUUCCUCUUUCUCUGAGCCUCAUGACACAAAUAAGAAUCCAGACUGCCUAGGCAAUGUACUUCUUGUCUGUUCAUUUGGCAAGACGAUAAACUCUGCAAACCUGCAGCAACUAGAAGAUGAAAUGACCCCCACUCUCACAGCCCUGCUGUAUCUUGGGGCCUUCUCUAAACCCACAAUCAAGGUGGUGCCAAGCAAUGUGGUGGCCAUUGGGCAACAGGUGACCAUCUUCUGUGAAGGGUCCUUACAUGCCAAAGAAUACUGUUUCUACAAAGAAGGAAGUCCAGAUUGCCUCAUACCGACAACCCUUCGAGAAACUGAAAACAAGGCCAAGUUCUCUAUCUCACCGAUUCAAUGGAAUCAUGCAGGUCAAUACUGGUGUUCCUAUAAAACCCCAACUAACAUGUUACGACAAAGUGACAUCAUGGAGCUGGUGGUGACAGGGCGAUAUUCCUGCUACUCUUACACCUCUGCUGGGUGGUCAGAGCCCAGUGACACCCUGGAGCUGGUGGUUACAGGAGUCUAUGAAAAACCCACCAUUUCUUCCCUACAAAGCCAUGUUGUAAACUUAGGAGUGUUUGUGAACAUCUCAUGUACCUCAAAUCAGACAUUUAACUGGUUCAUUUUAAGAAAUGAUGAGCAGAAAAUCUACAGAUCCUUUGGCUUACAUGACCCAUACUUCAUGGCGUCUCUGGCCAGGUUCCAAGUGGGUCCAAUAACUUCUGGACAACGUUGGAGAUUCAGAUGCUAUGGCUAUUCUGAAGAUAAUCCUCAGGUGUGGUCAGAAGCCAGUCACCCAUUGGAGUUCCUGGUCUCAGGGAACCUCCAGAAACCCACCUUGUGGGCUGAGCCAGGUUCUGUGAUCCAAUCAGGGAAUUCUGUGACCAUUUGGUGUGAGGGGACCAUGGAAACCAACAUAUAUUUCCUGUAUAAAGAAGGAAACCCAUUAUCCUGGCCCAGACAAAUUCCAAAGCAGCCUGGUAACAAGGCCAUGUUCUUCAUUGCAUCCAUGAGAAAGCAUAAUGCAGGGCAAUAUCGCUGUUACUGUUACAAUUCUGGUGGGUGGUCACAGCACAGUGACACACUGGAGCUGAUGGUGACAGGGUUGUCAAGGAAGCCCUCCUUGCUGAACCAGCAAGGCCCUGUUCUGGCCCCUGGAGUGGACCUGACACUCCAGUGUUCCUCUGAGACCAGUUAUGACAGAUUUGCUCUAUCCAAAGAGGGUAAAAGUGACCUCACACAGCUCGCUGUCAGUCAGUCACAGACUGGACAAUAUUAUGCCAACUUCACCUUAGGUUCUGUGGAUUUCUCUACUGCUGGCCAAUAUAGAUGCUACGGUGUAUCCAGAUCUUCUUCUGAAUGGUCAUCCCCUAGUGUUCCUCAAGACAUCCUGGUCACAGGACAUCCUCAUAUCACACCCAAUCUGUCAGUGCAUCCUGGCACCAUUGUGUUCUCAGGAGAGAAUGUGACCCUUCUCUGUCAAUCAUCAAUCCCAAUGGACACUUUCUUUCUGUUCAAGGAUGGUGCUGCCUAUCCCUCUGUGCAUCAGAAAUUAAAUUUCCAAGAUCCACAAUGUGAGGCAGAAUUCUUCCUGAGUGCUGUGACCCCAGUCCUUGAGGGUCACUAUAUGUGCUUUGGUUCUCAAAGCUCAUCUCCUUACCUGUUGUCACACCCCAGUGUUUCUGUGGAGAUCAAAGUCUCAGGACUGGCAAGGUCCCAGAAGUCUAUGAUAUGGGUCUCCGUGGUCUUCCUCCUACUGCUCAUUGUCCUCACCCUCUUUUUCCUCAGACUCUGCCACCAGAUCAAGCACAGGAAGGGAGUACAGACAAAGACUGACUUGCAACAUCCAAAUGGAGCUGCAGAGCCAAUAAGCAUGGCUGGACACCUGCAGAAGAGUUCCAGCCUAACUCUUGCCAUCCGGGAAGAAAUCUUGUGUGAGAAAGAGGGCCUGGGAGGGAGAUGUCUGAGGUCUCAGCUUCACAGUGCUGAUGCUACUGUGAAGUUCACAAGGCCUGCAGACAGUGUGGAGCUAGACAUACUGAGCCAACAUGAGGAUGACACGUCCGUACACUUGUAUGCCCAGGUGAAACCUGCUAGACUCAGAAGGGCACAGACCACCUCUUCUUCCCUGUUGCCAAAGGAGUUACAGGACUCAAAACACAGACAGAUGAACAGAGACCAAGUGAUAGAUGAGCAGGCUGAUACAUCCCAGAAUCUUCAUGAUGUGACCUAUGCCCAGCUGCGCAUCAUGACACCAGGACAGGCAAACCUCCCUCUUUCCAAGAAGAAAAUGCUGAGCUGA